AUGCUGUUCGACACCUUCGACCUGGUCUCGGCUCUGGCCACGCUGGCCGCCUGCCUGGUGUCCAUGGCGCUGCUGCUCGCCGUGUCCCAGCAGCUGUGGCAGCUCAGAUGGACGGCCACGCGGGAUAAGAACUGCAAGCUGCCCAUGCCCAAAGGAUCCAUGGGCUUCCCUUUCAUCGGCGAGACCUGCCACUGGCUCCUGCAGGGUUCGGGCUUCCACGCGUCGCGGCGGCAGAAGUACGGCAACGUGUUCAAGACCCACCUGCUGGGCCGGCCCCUGAUCCGGGUGACGGGCGCCGAGAACGUGCGCAAAGUGCUGAUGGGCGAGCACACGCUGGUGACGGUGGACUGGCCGCAGAGCACCGCGACGCUGCUGGGGCCAAACUCGCUGGCCAACAGCAUCGGAGACAUCCACCGCAAGAGGAGGAAGGUGUUUGCCAAAGUGUUUAGCCACGAGGCUUUGGAGUCCUACCUCCCGAAAAUCCAGCAGGUCAUCCAGGAGAGCCUCCGAGUGUGGAGCUCCAACCCGGAGCCCAUCAACGUCUACAGGGAGAGCCAGAGGUUGUCCUUCACCAUGGCGGUGAGGGUGCUGCUGGGAUUCAGGGUGUCGGAGGAGGAGAUGAGGCAUCUGUUCGCGACCUUCCAGGACUUCGUCGACAACCUGUUCAGCCUGCCCAUAGACCUUCCGUUUAGCGGCUACCGGAAGGGUAUCCGCGCACGAGACACCCUGCAGAAAAGCAUAGAGAAGGCCAUCCGGGAGAAGCCGCUGUGUUCCCAGGGGAAGGAUUACAGCGACGCGCUGGACGUCCUGAUGGAGAGCGCCAAAGAGAACGGCACCGAGCUCACCAUGCAGGAACUGAAGGAGUCGACUAUCGAGCUGAUCUUCGCUGCCUUCGCCACCACGGCCAGCGCCAGCACCUCACUCAUCAUGCAGCUCCUCCGCCACCCGCCCGUCCUGGAGCGCCUCAGGGAGGAGCUGAGAGCCCGGGGUCUCCUCCACAAUGGUUGCCUUGUUCCAGGAGAGCUGAGGCUGGACACCAUCGUGAGCCUCAAGUACCUGGACUGCGUCAUCAAGGAGGUGCUGAGACUCUUUACGCCCGUCUCGGGGGCCUACAGAACCGCCAUGCAGACCUUCGAACUUGACGGAGUGCAGAUCCCAAAGGGCUGGAGCGUGAUGUACAGCAUCCGCGACACCCACGACACCUCGGCCGUCUUCAAGGACGUGGACGCCUUCGACCCCGACCGCUUCAGCCAGGAGCGGGGGGAAGACAAAGAGGGACGCUUCCACUACCUGCCCUUCGGCGGCGGCGUCCGGUCCUGCCUGGGCAAGCAGCUCGCCACCCUCUUCCUCCGCAUCCUGGCCAUCGAGCUGGCCAGCACCAGCCGCUUCGAGCUGGCCACCCGGCAGUUCCCCCGCGUGGUCACGGUGCCGGUGGUCCACCCUGUCGACGGGCUCAAGGUCAAGUUCUACGGCUUGGACUCCAACCAGAACGAGAUCAUGGCCAAGUCGGAAGAGCUGCUGGGAGCGACUGUUUGA